AUGCCUGUGAUGUUCUGUGGUCAUCAGGAGACAAAGCUCCAUGUGUUGAAGCUCUCAUGGUUUAAUCUUUGGACACCCACUGGUAGCUGUAACACCACUGUAAUUUUACAGACUAAUGAACUCUGGUGUGGGGAGGAGUCUGACCAAAAAGCAGAAGAGCCUGCAUCUGCCAGGAGCAGCUUGCCAAAAGCAGUGUGUGUCCAUCCUGCCUGUCCCUUCCCAAACGGGAGAGGACCAUCCUGCUGCCUGGGUGUGGAAAUGCCUGACAACCCCCCGUCUCAUUUGCCUUUUGGAUCUUCAGGUCUGGUUGCUUUCCUACAGCCUUUGACCUCCAUCAUGGCCUCUAAUCUAAAAGUCAUCUUCCUGUUUCUUUGGUUGCUUCACUGUGGAGGGGGAACUGUCGAUGUAGAGCAGAAACCUCCAAUCCAGGUUGCACUGCUCAAGGAAGGAAUAUCCAUCCCCUGUGAAGUCAUCUUCCCUUACAUGCCGAAAUAUACCAAAUUUUCAAUCUUCUAUUACUGGAUUAAUUCACUGGGACAGACAACGUCCAUCCAUAAUAGGUCGGAAAACAUACCCAUCCCUUCUGGAAAAGAGAAUAAAACUGCUACCAUGUCUUACAACCACAGAAUCAUGCCACUUGAAAGCACCUCUUCUGGCACAUACUACUGCAAGGUCAAAUGGAAUGACAUCCAGAAAACAGGAAAGGGAGUUUUUGUCCUUGCUAGAGAUACAGGGUACAUAGAGACCUCUUAUAAGUGGGAAAUCCUUGUUACCCUUACUGUUCUUCUUGCUGCAUUGAGCAUCACUGCAACAGCUCUGCUUCUGUGGAAAAGAAAGGCCUUGUGCCCUGGAAGGAACCAGCCAAAUAUCCUGAGACAAAAGGUGGAAACGCAGCCUCCUUCAGCCAGCCCACCACCACCCCCCCCUCCUGUCUAUGAUUCCCUGGAUUUGCAUCAAGUUGAAGUCUAUUCUAUCCUUGAGAACAACACAGACCACAGAUCACCCAGAAAAAGUCCUCUAGGGAAGACGCCUGAGCAGCAAGCAGCUCUGGAUGAAUCCUCUGAUACACUGUAUGAGAAUAUCUAA